GCUUUGGCUCAGUUUGAGAUGAUUUCUGCAGCUGGAUGAGAAGGGGAAGAGACACCUCGCUGAGUCGGACCUGCAGAAAUUGCAGAAGUGAGACCACCCACCGCCUGAGUUUCACCUCAAAAACUAUAAUCCUGUCUACUUUCAAGGGGAAGAAGUACUGUACAUUACAGGGCAUGUGAGCGGCAGCUAAAGAGGAAGCAGCUCUGGCUGUUUUGUUUAACAAAUUAAUGAUGUUUUCGGAGGAAGAUUUCUCAGUUGAGCUGGAUGUGACUGGACAGUAACGAGCGAAGAGAUCAUGAAGCGUGAGCACCGCUGGAUUGUCCUGAUUUGGUCCAUUUGGACCGUCCAGUUCCUUAACGCUGAGGCCGAGGAUGACGACUGCACACUCGAACUAAGAGUUCGUCGGAACACGAUUUAUAACACGUCUCUAGGACAAGAACUCAGGGUUGAAUGUCCAGUUGUUUUCUGUAACAAUUCACCGCCAACAAUCUGCUGGUCUAAAGUUGAGGAAGAUCAUAUUUGUCUCAAUGAGAACAAUAACAAUCACAUCAAGACAGAAUGGAAAGUAUUAAAUCCGCCAGAAGGGACUUCCUACUUGAUAUUUCAAAGCAUCAUCAGCAGUGAUUCAGGUGGAUAUCAGUGUAAAGGUGGAGGCAGUAUGAGUCAUCUCAUCAACAUCAAUGUUUAUGACAUGGCUGUAAACGACACACAUAAACCAACAACCAAUGACACAGAUGACCAAUCCAACACUGAACCAGCUGACAGAUUUUUGAUGUACAUUUACUCUGCUGCUGGGAUUGGUUCCUUUGUCUUUAUAGUAAUAAUUAUUUCUGUGAUAUGCAUGCGAGGGUGCAAAGGGAAGUCGAGGAAAGAGAAACAACAAGAAAAUCAGUACAUAGAGAUGCCGUUGGGUGAGGGAGACGUCCCCAACGCCACCGGGAUCCAGCACUCACCAAGAGGAAGCCCCAACCCACUGCCACCUCGCAGGCCCAGCGGGAGAAAAACCACCGCAGGGCAACCUGCAGAGCUGACGCCAUCCAGAGACAACCCGCCGCCUUACGGCCAGAGGACACGAGACAGAAACAGGAAUGGGGCGCAGGCGGAGGAAGCAGGUUCUGUCGUGUAUGCUGCUCUCAACCAUGCACCCCCACAGAGGGAGGCUCCCCGGCCACAGAGGCAGAUAGAGGAGACAGAGUACGCAGCUAUACGUUUGGUUUGAAGACUGAGAGUCUGCUGGAAUGAAUCACACUAGAGGAAUACAGUUUGAAUCUGGACGAGGAGCACCGGAGGGAUUCCUCACAGCAAGGAACAACUCAAAUCAUGACUUCCUUUAACUUUCGGAAACACUGAUCUCAUAACGCUGAUGGCAUCGUCAGUGCAAACUGGAUGUGUGGUUCCUACUGUUCUUUGUGGGAUGGAAAAUGUUCCAGCUGAAAUCAAGAACGUCAGCAUCACUGCAGAUGGUUUCUACGGCGUAAAAAGCACGUUUCACAUCCUUGAUCAGUAAAACCAAAAGGAAAUGAACCAUGUCACUUUUCUUUAUGAUUGUUUACCAAAAGGAAUUCAACAUUUGUCUCGUUUUCUUCAGUCUGCACUUUGUUUAAAGACCCUUUUCCUGCCCUUAGUGCUUUGCAAGAAGUACACCACAAUGGCGAAAUGGGGUGAAUAAGUAGGUUAUUACCAACCUACUUGGCUCAACACGGAUACAGAAAUCAGUCAGCGUUUCCUCAGCAACUCAGUCCACAGAAAAUGUCUAAACAACCACAAUAGAGUUGAUGGAGCUAGCAAACCCAAACCACUUAGCUAAAUACACACUAGCUAUUUGGUACAAAAAGGAGCAAAGAGAAAGAGUUAAAAGAGACAAAAGCUUUAUUUUGUAAGCAUGUCUAAUUUGCUAGAAGACAAUUUUAUUAUCUUUUUGUCUUCUUCCACCAGUGGUUUAAGACCCAACAAAGUACGCUAUUUUCUGUCGUUAGCGUGUAGCAAACACAGAGCUAAAAGACACCAAGCACCAAAAGUUACCACAUUAUUUGUGUUUCGAGAAGAGCCAUAAGUCGUCAUGUUUUACUUCCUUAAACUGGAAACAUUGAGUCACACACAAGCAAGAAGACACGUUUUGGAAAUAAUUGAUAAUCAGCAGCUAGCUUGAAUGAGAACUACAAAAAACCAUAGUGACUGGGCUAAUUAUAUCAGGCAUUUAGAUAAAAAGGAUAAAAAUGUGCAAAAAUCUGAACCUUUUAAUGCAUAAAAAAGUGAUAUAUUCUCAUUCAAAUUCAAAAAUUCCUUAUUGAUCCCAAAGGGAAAUUAAAUAUGUAGCAUGUUAAUAAUGCAUUAGGUGCUGGUCAAUUCACACUUUUGCAGGUUUGAUCAUUUUGAUCAGGUCUGAAAAGAUUUGUCAAUCACAGAAUUACAUUAUUUAUAUUAAUAAUCUAAUACUACAGUGUAAGCUCAAAAUUGUUGGUAGCCCAACAUAUUCAACAAACAUGCUUGUUUAUCUACAAUUUAUGAAAACGCUUAGAGAAUUAAACUGAUAAAUGUUGGUAAAAUACACGAGUAACACAACAUUAUUCUUUCCUGCAGAAACAUCAAAUUCGUAUUUUCUUCUUCUAAUUCGUCUUCAUUCAAUGUAUGUUUUUCUUGCUCUGCUACGAGGUACAAGUACAAAAGAUGUUAUUUUGUUUUUUGUGUGGCAAUCAAGUAGUAAUUCAGAUCUCUGACAAUAAUGAAUGCAAUUACAGUCUACAAACUGAGCUCGUAAACUAUACUGUGUGAUACACACACAAAAAAACUGUUGUUCUUUUGAAUGUUUUGCACGUCUUCGAGUAAAUACUGAUUUUGUUGCAUGUGCAUGACUUGAAAUCACUAUUUGAAACAAUUUCAGUCAUUUUUGGUACUGUAGCCUAUCAGAUGAGUCAGUUUCUGACUGUCACUAUGACUGAAAAUGCUAUUCUGAUUACUGAUUGUGAUUCUUUGAAAAGGUAGAAUGUAAUCCUAAUCACUGCGUGCAAUGAAAUAAUCUCUAUCUAAAAAUAAU